AUGGUUUCUGUAAAGCAUCAUUGUGUGCUGUUACCAUUGGUUUUCAUUGUUAUCGCUAUAUGGCCAAACGCAAGCUGUCAAUCACUGGACUUCUCCAAAGUUACGCUAGAUAGUCGAUAUUUUGUGCUGUUUAGUUGUGCCCGUGAUUUGAAUGUUCCCGAGGAAUUAAUUGAACUUUACAAAUUCGAUAUCUUUCCGGACGAUCAACUUACGUGCUGUGUGUUUCGGUGCCUCGGAAUGCGGCUUGGAAUCUACGACGACGUCAAUGGAUUUGAUGUGGAUAAACAAUACGAACGAGUUAAGGACAGUCUUUGCAUUGACAAGAUCACCUACAAACGUGGUGUUAGCAACUGCAUCCGAAAUGUGCUACGAGGCAGAACGCUAAACGCUUGUGAGAAAGCUUAUCUUAUCAUUACAAAAUGCCAGGGUGAUACUAUAAAUAAUAUCAUAAAUCAACAACUUAAUGCACUAACGAUUUGUGAUUGA